GCUGGAACAGGACCGGUACUGAGUCAUUGUAGAGUUAUAUAGAGGUAGAUACUGUAGAAUGAGGUAGAGGUAGAGUUAUAUAGAGGUAGAUACUGUAGAAUGAGGUAGAGGUAGAGUUAUAUAGAGGUAGAUACUGUAGAAUGAGGUAGAGGUAGAGUUAUAUAGAGGUAAAAACUGUAGAAUGAGGUAGAGGUAGAUACUGUAGAUUGAGUUAGAGGUACAGUUAUAUAGAUUUACCUACUGUAGAAUGAGUUAUAUAGAGGUAGAUACUGUAGAAUGAGGUAGAGGUAGAGUUAUAUAGAGGUAGAUACUCUAGAAUGAGGUAGAGUUAUAUAGAGGUAGAUACUCUAGAAUGAGGUAGAGGUAGAGUUAUAUAGAGGUAGAUACUCUAGAAUGAGAUAGAGGUAGAUACUGUAGAAUGAGGUAGAGGUAGAGUUAUAUAGAGGUAGAUACUGUAGAAUGAGAUAGAUGUAGAGUUAUAUAGAGGUAAAUACUCUAGAAUGAGGUAGAGUUAUAUAGAGGUAGAUAGUGUAGAAUGAGAUAGAUGUAGAGUUAUAUAGAGGUAGAUACUCUAGAAUGAGGUAGAGGUAGAGUUAUAUAGAGGUAGAUACUGUAGAAUGAGAUAGAGGUAGAUACUGUAGAAUGAGGUAGAGGUAGAGUUAUAUAGAGGUAGAUACUGUAGAAUGAGAUAGAUGUAGAGUUAUAUAGAGGUAGAUACUCUAGAAUGAGGUAGAUGUAGAGUUAUAUAGAGGUAGAUACUCUAGAAUGAGGUAGAGUUAUAUAGAGGUAGAUACUCUAGAAUGAGGUAGAUGUAGAGUUAUAUAGAGGUAGAUACUCUAGAAUGAGGUAGAGUUAUAUAGAGGUAAAUACUGUAGAAUGAGGUAGAUGUAGAGUUAUAUAGAGGUAGAUACUCUAGAAUGAGGUAGAGUUAUAUAGAGGUACCUACUGUAGAAUGAGGUAGAGUUAUAUAGAGGUACCUACUGUAGAAUGAGGUCGUUAAUAAAAAAGUCUACUAUUUGUAAAUAAGAAUUUGUUCUUAACUGACUUGCCUAGUUAAAGGUUAAAUCAAAAACACAAAUAAAUAAAUAUAGAUGUAGCUAUUGGACAAUGAGUUAGAGCUUCUGUAGCAAGGUUGGCUGAGAUGGCUGGGAGAGAUGUAGCUACAGUUAAAGGUAAGCCUACCUCAAAGCCUGCCACUCUACUCUGCACUUCCUCAUUUUGUCACGGUUGUUGUUGGCAUUUUCACUUUUGCAAUCUUUCUCUGUCUUUUAAAAUCUCUUCUGCCUUUCAUACUCUACCUGUCUAUCUAUGUUUCUCCUCUCCUGAUUCUCAGCAUAUUGUCAACUUCUGCUCUGAAACUCUUUGUCUAACAGUGCUAUCAUACUAUCCCCCACCCUUCCGCUCUCUCUUUUUCUCUCUCUCUCUCUCUCUCGCUCUCACACUGCCUACUCCUCUCUCUCUCUCUGUCUCCGUCUCUCUCUCUCGCUCUUCUUGUUCUCUAAUUUGCAUGAGUGCUGCUGGCUACAGGCUGUGUGUUUCCUCAUCUCAGAACCAGUUCCUCAGUUAGACCUGAUCAAACAGACUACAGAGAGGAGCACAACAGAACCAGUUCCUCAGUUAGACCUGAUCUAACAAACUACAGAGAUGAGCACAACAGAACAGCACAGAACAGAUCAGCUCCUCGGCAAAGCACCAUCACUGGAGAGAGAGAGUUAGCUCUAGAGGAAGAGCUGUUGAUACAGAACCCUGGUGACUGACAUCUCCAUCUGGUUCUGGAGGAAGAGCUGUUGAUACAGAACCCUGGUGACUGACAUCUCCAUCUGGUUCUGGAGGAAGAGCUGUUGAUACAGAACCCUGGUGACUGACAUCUCCAUCUGGUUCUGGAGGAAGAGCUGUUGAUACAGAACCCUGGUGACUGACACCUCCAUCUGGUUCUGGAGGAAGAGCUGUUGAUACAGAACCCCGACUUUGUUCUGCUGAGCGUCUACUGGACCUGGAAUGUGAACAGAGGCAGAAGACAGAGACAGUAACAGCAACAUGGACAGAGGCAGAAGACAGAGACAGUAACAGCAACAUGGACAGAGGCAGAAGACAGAGACAGUAACAGCAACAUGGACAGAGGCAGACGACAGAGACAGUAACAGCAACAUGGACAGAGGCAGAAGACAGAGACAGUAACAGCAACAUGGACAGAGGCAGACGACAGAGACAGUAACAGAAACACGAAGAGAGGGAUAACUAUAGUAGAACAGCAGCCAGGAGAACCUCAGUGGAUAGGUAAUUAAACGACAGACCUUGUGUCAGAACAUUGGCAGUGCUGUUACCAUGGAGACUGGCAAGCGAGGCUUGGUGAAUGUGAUAGCGACAGGCAGCAGCUCCGUCUCAGAGCAGAGAGAGGACAGCGUCAACAACAGCAUGCCACUCCGGGCUCCACUAACCACCUUGUUCCUCCACACAGUGCCAGGCCUUUCUUCACACCUCCAGGCUCAGCCAGCUGCCUCCCUGGACUCCACGACCCUCCGUCUGUCCAUCCCUCAGCAGGGCUUCACAGACUCCCUACCCUUCCUGACUCUCCACCUACCAGCCAGGCUGCAGCUGCACCAGCAGGCCCCGCAAUCAGGCCUGGGGGCGCAUGUGUCCCUGAGGGCCACUGUGUCUGCAGCCAGACCCUCUAGGUCCGCUGGGAAGCACCUGUGUCCUCACUGCGGCCGGGACUGUAUGAAGCCCAGCGUCCUGGAGAAACACCUGCGCUGCCACACCGGGGAGCGGCCCUACCCCUGCACCACCUGCGGCAUCUCUUUCAAGACCCAGAGCAACCUCUACAAGCACCGACGUACACAGGCCCACGCGCGCCUCGACUCCGGGUCAGGGCAGAGGUCGCUCGGAUCUCUGGGCAGUCUACAAGGUCACUCCUCCCUGAGUAGCUUGGACAGUCUGCAGGGACACUCAUCCGUGGGAUCGAUGGACAGUCUGGGCAGUCUACAGGGCCAUUCCUCAGUGAGCAGCUUGGACAGUCUACAGGGCUAUUCCUCCCUGGGCAGUCAGGACAGUCUGCAGGGACACCGUCUGCAAGGUCACCAGGACAGUCUAUUCAGUUUACAUGGUUCCAGUGAUACCCUCACCUCCAGCCCCUCUCUAGAUACCCUCAGCCAGGACCCAGGCAGUCUGGAGAAUGGUAGCGCUCUCUCUGCUACCACCACCACCCUCUCCCGCAGCCCUGGCCAGAGGAGUGGGACAGAAACAGGUAGAGACACAGACAGAGACCCAGACACAGGCUGGGCCCUGCAGCAGGCUGGGUUAGAGGGUGUCCUCCUGGCUGCUGGGGGGAAACAGAGUAUAGAGUUAUCCAAGAGGAGGAGAGAAGCGGAGAAUACGAGGGACGAAAGGAGAGAGAGCAGGACGGAUAAAGGGAGAGAGAAGUCAGUGUUGACCCUGUCCCGCCACCUCCCGCUGCGGAGACAGCAGGCUGCCAUCUUGUCUCAGUGGGAGGGUUCUCUGGCUAGGGGGAUGGCCCUGAACCAAGACAACUUCCUAUCUAGAGGGAAGUCCCAGAGCCACGACAGCACAGACUCCGGCUACAGCGAGACCUCCAGUCCUGGGUCUGGACCACACAACCACAACCCUGGGUCUGGACCACACAACCCUGGGUCUGGACCACACAACCCUGGGUCUGGACCACACAACCACAAUCCUGGGUCUGGACCACACAACCCUGGGUCUGGACCACACAACCCUGGGUCUGGACCACACAACCCUGGGUCUGGACCACACAACCACAACCCUGGGUCUGGACCACACAACCCUCGGUCUGGACCACACAACCACAACCCUGGGUCUGGACCACACAACCCUGGGUCUGGACCACACAACCCUGGGUCUGAACCACACAACCCUGGGUCUGGACCACACAGCCCUGGGUCUGGACCACACAACCCUGGGUCUGGACCACACAGCCCUGGGUCUGGACCACACAGCCCUGGGUCUGGACCACACAACCCUGGGUCUGGACCACACAACCACAACCCUGGGUCUGGACCACACAACCACAACCCUGGGUCUGGACCACACAACCCUCGGUCUGGACCACACAACCACAACCCUGGGUCUGGACCACACAACCACAACCCUGGGUCUGGACCACACAACCCUCGGUCUGGACCACACAACCACAGCCCUGGGUCUGGACCACACAACCCUCGGUCUGGACCACACAACCCUGGGUCUGGACCACACAACCAUGGGUCUGGACCACACAACCCUGGGUCUGGACCACACAACCCUGGGUCUGAACCACACAACCACAACCCUGGGUCUGGACCUCACAACCCUGGGUCUGGACCACACAACCCUGGGUCUGAACCACACAGCCACAACCCUGGGUCUGGACCACACAACCCUGGGUCUGGACCACACAACCCUGGGUCUGGACCACACAACCCUGGGUCUGGACCACACAGCCACAACCCUGGGUCUGGACCACACAACCCUGGGUCUGAACCACACAACCCUGGGUCUGGACCACACAACCCUGGGUCUGGACCACACAACCCUGGGUCUGGACCACACAACCCUGGGUCUGGACCACACAACCCUGGGUCUGGACCACACAACCCUGGGUCUGGACCACACAACCACAACCCUGGGUCUGGACCACACAACCCUGGGUCUGGACCACACAGCCACAACCCUGGGUCUGGACCACACAACCCUGGGUCUGAACCACACAACCCUGGGUCUGGACCACACAACCCUGGGUCUGGACCACACAACCCUGGGUCUGGACCACACAACCCUGGGUCUGGACCACACAACCCUGGGUCUGGACCACACAACCCUGGGUCUGGACCACACAACCACAACCCUGGGUCUGGACCACACAACCCUGGGUCUGGACCACACAACCACAGCAUGGAGUCAGUGGCAGAGUCUAUUAUGGAGAUAUACGACCAGCCGGACAGCUUCCACACACAGCCUGAUCAAACGAACACCACACACACACAUACACUUACACAGCCGUCACACACAACCACACAGAUCAACGCCACGUACACACCCUCACAGCCAGAACUCACCGUGUCUCAGCCUAGGAGCACAGUUUCAGGCCUGGCCCAGCAGAGUCUUGAAGAGAGAAUCUCCAAGCUGAUCUCAGAGAACGAUGCAGUGGUGGAGGACAAACAUCUGAACACAGUCCGACCCAGGAAGACCCUCCUGUCCAAACAGGGCAGCAUCGACCUGCCGAUGCCCUACACCUAUAAAGAUUCCUUCCACUUCGAUAUGAAGACCAGCAACAGGCCUCCUACAGCCAGCGCUGGGAUGGCCUGGCAGAGAGGGGACAGGGGAGAAGGGUGGCCAGGUCUGUAUAGUUCGGGGCCUACCCAGACCUCCACCAGCCUGGAGCAGGGGCAUCAUGCCCCCCUGACCCGCAGUAGCUCCCUGCCCCACUGUGUGGGCCUUCAGCGUACAGACAGAGCCAGCUUCGCCUCUCCUCACAUCACCCAUCCUCACCAAAGAGACUGUCUAUACCUGGGCCGUAAGGGCAGCUCUGGACUACUUUACCCAGUAGGCUUUGCCACCAAGUCUGUGGACCAUCGUGCGUCAGGCCACCGCAUGCUGGUCAGACAGGCGGCCGUGGACAACCUCCCGACGGACGGACCGUUGACGUUAGCAGCAGGCGACAAUGUCAUUCCCUGCGGUCUUGGCUCAGAUGGAGACGGAGGUGCGGAUGGAGAGCUGAGUAGAAAGAGUCGUAGGAAGAAGUCCCAGAAGUUUGCCUACAGUAAGUGGUACAAGUAUGGCGGAGGAGGAGGGACGUUCACAAAGCUCUACAGCCCAGAGAAGGCAGCUGAUCCAGGUGUGUUGAAACCUAAAAGGCCAUUAGCUGGUCUGGAGCCAGAGAGGAUCAUGGGGGUUCAGAGAGGCCCAGCAGUCAGCAGAGACCUGAUGACAUCACUGGUCUCAAGUGGUGCCACUGUGUGUCUUCCAUCCUGUCUCCAAGACAACCUUUCACCUGUCAAUCAUGUCCACUCAUAUCAAACAGCCAGUCAUCUCCAUACCACACCCACUUCCUGUCUCACACCCAGUCAUCUCCAUACCACACCCACUUCCUGUCUCACACCCAGUCAUCUCCACACCACACCCACUUUCUGUCUCACACCCAGUCAUCUCCAUACCACACCCACUUCCUGUCUCACACCCAGUCAUCUCCACACCACACCCACUUUCUGUCUCACACCCAGUCAUCUCCAUACCACACCCACUUCCUGUCUCACACCCAGUCAUCUCCAUACCACACCCACUUCCUCUCUCAAACAUCCCCUCCAAAGAACCCAGUCCGUCUCAAAAGAGGCGUUUUCUAACAGGACUGACUGUGUGACAGUGACCCGCCAGGAGAAACACACCUACUGUGCGUCUCAACGAUGUGGAAGCCAUGUUCCCUCAGAGAGGAAGAAGCAGAAGAUUGAGAACCAACUGCCUGGCCUGAACCAACUGCCUGGCCUGAACCAACUGCCUGGCCUGAACCAACUGCCUGGCCUGAACCAACUGCCUGGCCUGAACCAACUGCCUGGCCUGAACCAACUGCCUGGCCUGAACCAACUGCCUGGCCUGAACCAACUGCCUGGCCUGAACCAACUCUCAUCCUCAGUCAGAGGUGGGAUAACCAAGCCCUCCUCCUCCUCCUCUUAUUCAGCCAAGACCAGUUUCCUCCCUAAGUACCAGUUGAUGCUUCCUACAGACUCAGGGCCUACGGGCCUCACCCCAACACAACCUAUAGGCUCUGUUAGUGUUUCAUCAGUCACAGGUUUAGGACAGGCUCAGCGCAGGUCUGCUACACCUGUGACAGGCUUAGGACAGGGUCAGUCUGCUACACCUGUGACAGGCUUAGGACAGGGUCAGUCUGCUACACCUGUGACAGGCUUAGGACAGGCUCAGCGCAGGUCUGCUACACCUGUGACAGGCUUAGGACAGGGUCAGUCUGCUACACCUGUGACAGGCUUAGGACAGGGUCAGUCUGCUACACCUGUGACAGGCUUAGGACAGGCUCAGCGCAGGUCUGCUACACCUGUGACAGCUUUAGUUCAAAGCCAGUCUGCUACACCUGUUUCUGUUCAGCAUGCCAAACCCUCCAUAGCAUUGGUUCAAAGCCAGUUUGCGACCAUCCCAGCCACAGCGGAGAAGCAAUGUGCCACACCACCCACAGCCUUAGUGCAGAGCAUGCCCUGGAAAACAUCAGUACAUGGCCAGUGUGUUACACUCAACAUCCCGUCCACCCUCCACCCUGCUCUCACAGUAGCAGACCAUGGCAACCCUCUAACCUAUGUUACUACAGAGGUCAACCCUUUAACGUAUGUUACUACAGAGGUCACCCCUGUAACCCAUGUUACUACAGAGGUCAACCCUCUUACCCAUGUUACUACAGAGGUCAACCCUCUAACGUAUGUUACUACAGAGGUCACCCCUGUAACCUAUGUUACUACAGAGGUCAACCCUCCGUGUCAUACGAUGGCAGCUUUAGCAUACCCUGCUAUACCAUUCACUGAAACACAAUCAUCACCGUACCAUACAUCCGUAGCAUACCCUGCUAUACCAUUCACUGUUAGUCACAGCAGCCAGUCAGAGGGUCCGAAAGUGUUCCACGUCAGGACAGCGGACCUCCACAUCUGUCUCCAGCUCAUCUCAGACGAACAGCUGGCGCUCAUAGAGCCUCAGAUAGAACGGCAGGAAAUGACAUCAGAGCCUCAGAUAGGACGACGGGGUAUGACAUCAGAGCCUCAGAUAGGACGACGGGAUAUGACAUCAGAGCCUCAGAUAGGACGACGGGAUAUGACAUCAGAGCCUCAGAUAGGACGACGGGAUAUGACAUCAGAGCCUCAGAUAGGAGGACGGGAUAUGACAUCAGAGCCUCAGAUAGGACGACGGGAUGUGACAUCAGAGCCUCAGAUAGGACGGCGGGAUGUGACAUCAGAGCCUCAGAUAGGACGGCGGGAUGUGACAUCAGAGCCUCAGAUAGGACGGCGGGAUGUGACAUCAGAGCCUCAGAUAGGACGGCGGGAUAUGACAUCAGAGCCUCAGAUAGGACGACGGGAUAUGACAUCAGAGCCUCAGAUAGGACGGCGGGAUAUGACAUCAGAGCCUCAGAUAGGACGGCGGGAUAUGACAUCAGAGCCUCAGAUAGGACGGCGGGAUAUGACAUCAGAGCCUCAGAUAGAACGACAGGAUAUGACAUCAGAGACAGGGCCUUCUCAUGGAGCGAUAGAAGUAGCGGUGGAUCCAGUAGGAACCACAACAAUAAAGGAAGCACUCCAAACCAGUUCAUGUAUUCUACCUGACGCUGAAACACAGGGGGGUGCAGUAAAGGAUGUAACACACAGGAGGACAGCAAAGCAUGUGACACAGGAAGUCACAGGAUCUAUGGACCCAGUAGAACCUUCUUCAUCACAACAUGAGAACAGCAGAGGUUUCUCUGGCGAUGAAGAGUGGCAGCAUUCAGCAGCAGUAUGUUGUCAUGACCUGGACCAGCCCUCAACAGACUCUAGUCCUGUAACUCCUCUUCCUCAGAAUGACAGAUCAGAGAUAACUCCUCUUCCUCAGACUGACAGAUCAGAGAUGAUGGAAGCUGCUCCUCUAACCAACACAGAGCAGCAACUGUCUCGUAAUUGCUAUGUUUUACUUGAACCACCUGACCCAGGAGUAUUUCCUCAGAACCACCCAGAAUCCAACACCGUCCUAGAGACUACAGGAGUAUUUCCUCAGAACCACCCAGAAUCCAACACCGUCCUAGAGACUACAGAAAUAUUCCCUCAGAACCACACAGAAUCCAACACCGUCCUAGAGACUACAGAAAUAUUCCCUCAGAACCAUCCAGAAUCCAACACCGUCCUAGAGACUACAGGACUAUAUCCUCAGAACCACCCAGAAUCCAACACCGUUCUAGAGACUCCAGGACUAUAUCCUCAGAACCAUCCAGAAUCCAACACCGUCCUAGAGACUACAGGAGUAUUUCCUCAGAACCACCCAGAAUCCCACACCGUCCUAGAGACUCCAGGACUAUAUCCUCAGAACCAUCCAGAAUCCAACACCGUCCUAGAGACUACAGGACUAUUUCCUCAGAACCACCCAGAAUCCCACACCGUCCUAGAGACUACAGGAGUAUUUCCUCAGAACCACCCAGAAUCCAACACCGUCCUAGAGACUCCAGGACUAUAUCCUCAGAACCACCCAGAAUCCAACAUCGUCCUAGAGACUACAGGAGUAUUUCCUCAGAACCACCCAGAAUCCAACACCGUCUUAGAGACUCCAGGACUAUAUCCUCAGAACCACCCAGAAUCCAACACCGUCCUAGAGACUCCAGGACUAUAUCCUCAGAACCACCCAGACUCUGUCAAAAUGACUCCAGCUCUGCCUCACAACCGGGGUGCCCAGUCUAGAACUCUCCAGAACCACCCAGACACCAACACGGUGCUUCUUCAGAACCACAUAGACACUAGCAACGUGACUCCACUGAGUCUAUCUCUGCCUCUAUUUCUCCCUCAAAGGACACCAGGUGGUGUAGCUUCUGCCUCUCUGGGAGGUGUGAAACCAGCCAGGAGUCGGACAGACAGAGGAGAAGAACAAGGCCUUCCUCUGCACCUCCUCCUUUCUUCAGACAGGACAGUCAGUGAAGUAGUCAGCCCCUUUCAUCCGGGCUGGUCUGAACAGGGUGUCAGUGAAGUAGUCAGGCCCUCUCAUCGGGGCUGGUCUGAACAGGGCAUCAGUGAAGUAGUCAGGCCCUCUCAUCGGGGCUGGUCUGAACAGGGUGUCAGUGAAGUAGUCAGGCCCUCUCAUCGGGGCUGGUCUGAACAGGGCAUCAGUGAAGUAGUCAGGCCCUCUCAUCGGGGCUGGUCUGAACAGGGCAUCAGUGAAGUAGUCAGGCCCUCUCAUCGGGGCUGGUCUGAACAGGGCGUCAGUGAAGUAGUCAGGCCCUCUCAUCGGGGCUGGUCUGAACAGGGCAUCAGUGAAGUAGUCAGGCCCUCUCAUCAGGGCUGGUCUGAACAGGGCAUCAGUGAAGUAGUCAGGCCCUCUCAUCGGGGCUGGUCUGAACAGGGCGUCAGUGAAGUAGUCAGGCCCUCUCAUCGGAGCUGGUCUGAACAGGGCAUCAGUGAAGUAGUCAGGCCCUCUCAUCGGAGCUGGUCUGAACAGGGCAUCAGUGAAGUAGUCAGGCCCUCUCAUCGGGGCUGGUCUGAACAGGGCGUCAGUGAAGUAGUCAGGCCCUCUAAUCAUGUCUGGGACAGUCCUGGAGAACCCAACUCAGCUGGACCGCUGGUCUGUACUGGGCUGCUAGCUGGGGAACCCAACUCAGCUGGACCGCUGGUCUGUACUGGGCUGCUAGCUGGGGAACCCAACUCAGCUGGACCGCUGGUCUGUACUGGGCUUCUAGCUGGAGAACCCAACUCAGCUGGACCGCUGGUCUGUACUGGGCUGCUAGCUGGGGAACCCAACUCAGCUGGACCGCUGGUCUGUACUGGGCUGCUAGCUGGGGAACCCAACUCAGCUGGACCGCUGGUCUGUACUGGGCUGCUAGCUGGAGAACCCAACUCACCUGGACCGCUGGCCUGUACUGGGCUGCUAGCUGGGGAACCCAACUCACCUGGACCGCUGGCCUGUACUGGGCUGCUAGCUGGAGAACCCAACUCACCUGGACCGCUGGUCUGUACUGGGCUGCUAGCUGGGGAACCCAACUCAGCUGGACCGCUGGUCUGUACUGGGCUGCUAGCUGGAGAACCCAACUCAGCUGGACCGCUGGUCUGUACUGGGCUGCUAGCUGGGGAACCCAACUCAGCUGGACCGCUGGUCUGUACUGGGCUGCUAGCUGGGGAACCCAACUCAGCUGGACCGCUGGUCUGUACUGGGCUGCUAGCUGGGGAACCCAACUCAGCUGGACCGCUGGUCUGUACUGGGCUGCUAGCUGGGGAACCCAACUCAGCUGGACCGCUGGUCUGUACUGGGCUGCUAGCUGGGGAACCCAACUCAGCUGGACCGCUGGUCUGUACUGGGCUGCUAGCUGGGGAACCCAACUCACCUGCAGUCAACAACAGCCUGACAGCAGGAGCCAAGAAGAGCUGUGACAGAGGAGGAGAUGAGUGGGAGAAGAGAGGAGGAGAUGAGGGGGAGAAGAGAGGAGGAGAUGAGGAGGAAGACUCCAGAAGAACGAGUCUGAAAGAUGAAGAGGUGUCAGAGGGGAGGAAAGAGGUGUUGGAAGAGAAGGAGGAGAGGGAGGUGUUCAAGGAGAGGGGGGAGAGAGAAGAGGUUUUGGAAGAGACAGAGGAGAGUGAGGAGACAAAGGAAACACCUGGCCAUGCCUCUGAUGGAUUUAGAGGAGAGGAUGAAGCCGAUUCCCGUCACAGCAUCUGGACAUCGCUGCCACUUUACCGUCAUCUGUAUCAGACACCACCCAACGUGUCGCACAACCUUUCGAAGGCCACUCAGCAACAGAUAAACUUAACUUCAGAAAUAGAUCCGUCGUAUAACCUACAGACCAGCUCUCCAAAUGACCCUGACCCCACCCCCCUGACCCCAAAUGACCCUGACCCCACCCCCCUGACCCCAAAUGACCCUGACCCCACCCCCCUGACCCCAAAUGACCCUGACCCCACCCCCCUGACCCCACUACAGACCAGCUCUCCAAAUGACCCUGACCCCACCCCCCUGACCCCACCACGGACCAGCUCUUCAAAUGACCCUGACCCCACCCCCCUGACCCCACCACGGACCAGCUCUUCAAAUGACCCUGACCCCACCCCCCUGACCCCAAAUGACCCUGACCCCACCCCCCUGACCCCACCACGGACCAGCUCUUCAAAUGACCCUGACCCCACCCCCCUGACCCCAAAUGACCCUGACCCCACCCCCCUGACCCCACCACGGACCAGCUCUUCAAAUGACCCUGACCCUGACCCCACCCCCCUGACCCCACCACGGACCAGCUCUUCAAAUGACCCUGACCCCACCCCCCUGACCCCACCACGGACCAGCUCUACAAAUGACCCUGACCCCACCCCCCUGACCCCAAAUGACCCUGACCCCACCCCCCUGACCCCACCACGGACCAGCUCUUCAAAUGACCCUGACCCUGACCCCACCCCCCUGACCCCACCACGGACCAGCUCUUCAAAUGACCCUGACCCCACCCCCCUGACCCCACCACGGACCAGCUCUUCAAAUGACCCUGACCCCACCCCCCUGACCCCACCACGGACUAGCUCUUCAAAUGACCCUGAACCCACCAUGUGCCAUAGAACCCCAGCCUUUAGUGAUACAAGCAUCUUCAGCAGCUCACAGAUUUUGCCUAAAACAGAGACAAACAGAGUCCUCCCCUCCAAACGACUUCAGAGACAGAGUGAGACCAGCAUGGAGUAUACGUACGUGAGAAGGGCAGGACAGACACACCCCUUCCCUACAGCACAGUCUGUGAGCAGGUUUAGGGCCCCUACAGCACAGUGUGUGAGCAGGUUUAGGGCCCCUACAGCACAGUGUGUGAGCAGGUUUAGGGCCCCUACAACAGAGUGUGUGAGCAAGUUUAGGGCCCCUACAGUAGACUGUUUGAGCAGGGUUAGGGCCCCUACAGCAGACUGUUUGAGCAGGGUUAGGGCCCCUACAGUAGACUGUUUGAGCAGGGUUAGGGCCCCUACAGUAGACUGUUUGAGCAGGGUUAGGGCCCCUACAGUAGACUGUUUGAGCAGGGUUAGGGCCCCUACAGUAGACUGUUUGAGCAGGGUUAGGGCCCCUACAGUAGACUGUUUGAGCAGGGUUAGGGCCCCUACAGUAGACUGUUUGAGCAGGGUUAGGGCCCCUACAGUAGACUGUUUGAGCAGGGUUAGGGACCCUACAGUAGACUGUUUGAGUAGGGUUAGGGCCCCUACAGUAGACUGUUUGAGCAGGGUUAGGGCCCCUACAGUAGACUGUUUGAGCAGGGUUAGGGCCCCUACAGCAGACUGUUUGAGCAGGGUUAGGGCCCCUACAGUAGACUGUUUGAGCAGGGUUGGGGCCCCUACAGUAGACUGUGUGAGCAGGGUUAGGGCCCCUACAGUAGACUGUUUGAGUAGGGUUAGGGCCCCUACAGCAGACUGUUUGAGCAGGGUUAGGGCCCCUACAGUAGACUGUCUGAGCAGGGUUAGGGCCCCUACAGCAGACUGUUUGAGCAGGGUUAGGGCCCCUACAGUAGACUGUUUGAGCAGGGUUAGGGCCCCUACAGCAGACUGUUUGAGCAGGGUUAGGGCCCCUACAGUAGACUGUUUGAGCAGGGUUAGGGCCCCUACAGCAGACUGUCUGAGCAGGGUUGGGGCCCCUACAGCAGACUGUUUGAGCAGGGUUGGGGGAGUGCAGAGUAGUAGCCUGGAGGACCAAGAGGACAGUAGCAGUAGUGAUGAUGAAGGGAAACUGAUCAUUGAGCUUUAGACAGGAGUUAGAUUCCCUACAUGGAAUACAAACAGACUGGAAGAGGGGAGGAGGGGUGGAGGGAGGGAG